ACUCUCUUUCUUCACCUUAAAAGCUCCAGAGGCCUAACAAUUUUCUCCACCAUCCUUUGUCUUUUUAUUAAAACUUUCUUUCAAAAUUUACAUAUCAUAGUUUCAAACUAAUCACAUGGGAAGUUCAGUGCGUGUUAAAGAAGCUGUGGUAGUGACACCUUCAGAGCCCACACCAAAUUGUGUCCUCUCACUUUCAGCCCUAGACUCUCAACUUUUUCUCCGCUUCACCGUUGAGUAUCUUCUAGUUUAUAGGCCCGGGCCAGGCCUGGACAAAGUUGCUACCACUUCUCGUUUAAAAGCUGCAUUAGCAAGAGCUCUUGUUCCUUAUUACCCGUUAGCAGGGAGAGUGAGGCCCAGCUCAGAUAACCUGGGCCUCGAGGUGGUGUGUAAAGCUCAAGGAGCGGUUUUCAUUGAAGCCGUUAGUGAUCGUUACACAGUCAACGACUUCGAGAAAGCUCCAAAGACAGUUGCACAAUGGAGGAGACUCUUGUCUUUUAGCGUGCCAGACGUUCUCAAUGGAUCACCGCCGUUGAUUCUUCAGCUAACAUGGCUAUCAGACGGCGGCGCAGCUUUAGGAGUUGGAAUCAGCCACUGUCUCACUGAUGGCAUCGGUGGUAGCGAGUUUCUCAAUUAUGUAGCUGAAAUGGCUUCAGGAAAACAUAGUGGUCCUAAACCAAAACUGGUCUGGGAUCGCCAUGUUUUCAAUGUUAAGCCAAUGACUCGGGAUGACUAUCUUAAUCAGAGUCACCCCGAGUUCAACCGUGUACCGGAUCUAAGCGGAGGGUUUAUGAACCGGGUCACUAAUCAUCUAAGACCAACUUGCAUUGUGUUUGAUAAACGAAAAUUAACCUAUCUCAAAACCAUGGCUUACCGCACUUGUCAAAUUUCUGACUCAUCCUCAUUUACAUCUUUUGAGGUUCUUGCAGCACACGUGUGGAGAAGCUGGGCGAGAGCAAUAGGGUUUCCACCGAACCAGACACUGAAACUAUUACUCAGCGUAAACAUAAGAAACCGGGUCAAACCGGGUUUACCGGACGGAUACUACGGGAACGCGUUCGUUCUAGCUUGUGCACAAACCAGUGCAAAGGAAUUAACGGAGAAAGGAAUCGGGUACGGGUCGGGUUUAGUGAAGAAAGCGAAAGAGAGAGUGGACAGUGAGUAUGUGAGGAAAGUGACAGAGAUAGUGUCCGAGUCAAGGGCAUGUCCUGACUCGGUGGGUGUGUUGAUACUGACACAGUGGUCGAGGAUGGGUCUUGAACGGGUUGAGUUUGGAAUGGAGAACCCGGUAUUUAUGGGGCCCAUUUGCAGUGAUAGGUACUGUGUGUUUUUGCCGGUGAAGGGUGAAAGAGAGAGUGUCAAGGUCAUGGUGGCUGUUCCCGCCGCCGCGUUUGAUAACUACCACCGGUUUCUCCGGGAAUAGUUAACCUCUGUUUUGUUUUUUUCAUUCUUAGCUAGAUUUGACUUGUACAAUUUAAUAAUAAUAUUUACUUUUUUUAUUUGAGAAACAAGGAGAUAAUAUAUCCAAGAUCUGCGGUUUGAAUCCCGAUACCACCAAAAAAAGAUAAAUAGAUAUCCACUUUUUUUU